AUGGAAUCGCUCAACAUCCUAUCUCAAAGCCUUAUGUCGCCGGAAUCUCCCAAGCCAGCCGUUUUCGCGGAAGAUACCCCACGUUUUGGCUUCGAGAUGGCCCCCGCGCAGGCAUGCCAACCCCCUGACGUGUUUGGCUGGGACUCGUUCGACACCAGCAUCGAAGACAGCCUGGAACAUAACCUGAAUAACUUGCCGCACCAACAUAACUUUGACACAGAGCAUAACUACGAGCUUGCAAUCGACAAUACCCCUUACCAAUUACCCACACAGUCCCCGUCAGACACCCAGGACAGCAGCCCAGUCUCCCGCGUCACCGGCGCCACCUCGAGCGCAGGCUUCGUGAUGGCGUCGCGCACCCGCGUCUUCAUGGCCUCCACAGAAACAGCCAGGUACCGCGCGGUUUCUGUUGUCUGGUCGACCGUGGGCGACGUGAGCGCCGUGCUGGGCGUUCUUGGCGUCACGGGCACGCUUUCUGGGGUCGUGCUGCCCUCGUGUCGCUUCUCCAGCGACAACGGCUUAAGCCAGCUGUGCGAGUCCUCGUCGUCCGUUUCCUCCUCCAUCGCCGCGGUCUCGUCCAUCACGUACAACAGCGGGUCGGCAGCCGUCGCAAAGAUCCCGUCCCGCGUCGCAGGACGCACCGGGUUGUCGAUGCUGAACGUGCGCAAGUUCAGCCGCUGGUGCGGAUUCACCGUCUUGGUGUACAACGAGCUCGUGAAGUCGAUCGCAGACCCAACAACCUGGCCCGUGAAGUGGUUCACCUGCUGCCCGGUCUUGUCGAUGAAGUUCUUCUCCUGGAACUUUUUAUAG